AUGUCGGCCGCGCGAAGAACAAGGAAACGAAAACAGUCUGAAUCUGAAGUCCCAUUUGCCGCAGGAUUUCGUCUUCCAACAUUAAAACAAAGCAGAAAUGCAAUAGGAUUAUCUAAGAUUCCAAAAAUUUACGAUCCAGGACCAGAAAGUGCUUAUUUUCGACGUAUUCCGCAGCCACUCUCCGAAGAUGAUUGGCUAGUGCAAAACAACGAGGAAGGACAGUCCUUUAAAAACUUUUUGAGGACCUGUCCUUGGAUCUCAGGUCGCAAAGUGAAAUACACGAGGCAAAAGUUUAUUUCCGAUGGAAAAAAUCUCAAGCAGAGAUACCCAGAUGGAAAAAUUUACUUACAACCUCUGGGCGAUUUUGAUCAAAGCUGUUCGAACAGUUGUAAUCCCGGCAUUGAUGACUUAGCUGACUACACAGAACGUUUUUAUUCGUUGCCUGUUGUUGUAUUACCAGCAGUGAAGCUUAAGCUUCCCACAAAGAAAGGUGAUUUGGCAUACUGGAAUUAUGGAUUGAACGAACUAGUUACCUCAUCAAGUGCAUCGCGGACAAGCUCAAGAGUACAGUUAAAACAGCUUGAACUCAAUCAUCGUUGGUCUCAUGGGCAUGUACAACUAAGGGUAGACAGCAUCCACAGGCUUCUGCAGCAACAGAUUACUGGCGAUGCUCUCUGUCUAAUUGGUCUCACCAUGGUAGACCUGUAUGAGGACAAAUCUGACCUGUUUGUGGCAGGGCUGGCUGCAGGAAAUCAAAGAGUUGCCGUUUUUAGUUUUGCGCGGUAUGAUCCAUCUUUGUCAUUCUCCACUGAACACUGGUAUGACAUCUCACCAUCCAAACAACUUGAUCCACUCAAGAAGAAGCAGAUAAUUCUACAGAGAAGUUGUAAAUUAUUGGUACAUGAGAUUGCACACCUUUUCGGAGUAGAGCACUGCAUCUGGUAUGCCUGCUGUAUGAAUGGUUCAGGUCACCUUGCUGAAGAUUUCGCUCAACCAAUUAACCUUUGUCCUGUUGAUCUCCACAAACUACAACAACUGUGCGGUUUCGACAUUGUUGAUAGGUAUCAAAAGCUACUUGAGUUUUUCAAGAAGCAUAAAAUGGUAGAAGAAACGCGAUGGUUUGAGUCAAGACUGGCCUUUAUAAAUGAAUCUGAAGGUAGAUAAACAAGAGGGAAAACCGGCCUGACUUCGCAACUGAAGACAAAACGUGCCACGAAGAAAGAAGACACACUGAUAUUAAUAAUGAUAUUGUUUGCGUCAGUUGAAAUAAAA